AUGUACGAGUCUUGGAAUAGUACUUACAUACGGAUCUGUAAGUUCUUCGUGAAACUCCUGCCUCUCGAAGGAUGGUUGAUCAUCUGCAUCAUCAUCAUCGUGAAGAACGUCAGAAAAGGCAAUGAUCAAGAAGGAAAAGUUUCAGGAACUAUCGGGAAACCUCCUCGCAUCGACUCAAGGACAAGCAAUAGCCUCCGUGUGGGUGGGGAGGUUCACGUCAAUGUGUACUACUCCGGUUCCGUGCAACUUAACCCUGAUGUACCCUUCAUCGGGAGUCCUUCUCUGGGCAUGGAAUUUGAUGGUGUCGAGGUAGAUUUGCGAACAAGAAUCGACUCCACCACAGGAGAAAUUGCCCUUACAGACUUCCAAAUUCCCAAAUUGAAAUAUUCAGUGCCGAUAUGGACUACACUCUACCUCUCGGCGCUUGCUGCAACGCUGGCUGUGACUUGUCCUCCCCUGGCUGCCAUCCUCUUUGUGAUAUUCCAGAUAUUGUUCUCGGGGGAUAGCCAGCGACUCAUCAGAAGCAAAGUGCAGGAAAAAACAAAGGAACACCUCAAGAGCGCUCUGCAUCACAUAAACCUCCACGAUUAUUUAUGAUACUAGUCUAAAAGCCCGUGCG